GCGGACUUUCAACCCAGAAACAUCCACCCAAAGUCUGUAAAACCUAAGAGGCAGCAGAUUUAUACCACAACAAUCAACCUGUGUGAGGCAGUGUCAGCACAGAGGUGAAAACAGAUCACAUUUUGCUUUCUCAACUCUAGCCAAGAUGUGGACAAGAGGCAGAAACUCGGACCAGUUAGCAACCAGAUCAUCACGUUUCUCCCUGGUUCAUCAGUACAUUCUACGUUUUAAUGAGGGGUCUGGCAACAAGUCAGCUGCAAUCCGGCGGAGAUCUAAAACCCCUGGAGUGAUGAUCACACAGUAUGCAGUAACUUUACCUGAGGGUAAAAGUACUCCAGACUUCCAGUGCAAACCCAUGCCAGUUGCAGUCAAGGAAGGACAUUUUGCCAUUUUUAAGGCGGUGGUGACAGGGGACCCAAAACCAGAUGUUUCAUGGAGAAGAGCAAAAGGUAAUCUGGCAGACAAGGAAAAAUUCCAAAGGAAAUAUGAUGAGUCAACAGGGGAACACAUAUUAGAGAUUCAUGAAGUGUCUGCAGAGGAGGCUGAUACGUACAAAUGCUACGCUGUGAAUGAAUGUGGCAAAGCUGUCUGCACCACAACAUUAAGCAUAAUUGAUGCUUCAACAAUUCCUGAAGAUUUCAGAAAGCUGUUAAAGAAAAGCAAAUCACAGACAGCAGGUGGAGAUAAUGAUGAAACUUUCUGGGAUGCGAUGAUGAAUGCUGACAAAAGAGACUACGAGAGCAUCUGUUCUGAGUAUGGCAUAGCAGACUUGAACAUGAUUCUCAAGAAACUUGAAGAGAAAAGAAAACAGAAAGGAAAAAGCAAACAGAAGGAUAUUAUAACUUCAUAUGACAAUGAUACCCAAAAACAGGACAGUCUUGGGAAGAAAAACUACAUCAGAAACGAAGGCACUGUGCAACAUGACACUGGGAUUUAUAUUGGGGAUGUAGAAGAAGCCAACCACCACAACAGGCAUCUAACUCUAGGUGAUGCUGAAAAAGACCUGCUCCUCACAGAGUUCAAACUUUCCAAUGUGGAUUUUGUGAUCAAAAUUCAAGAGAUUAAAGCUGAAGAAAAUGAAGAUGCUCUCUUUGAGUGUGUGCUAACACACCCUCUACCUAAGAUUACAUGGAUGAGAAAAGGUAUCCUCCUGGAAGAUGGGGAGAAGUACAACAUAACUGUGUCUGACAACAAACUCAUCCACCGGCUGCUCAUCAAGGACUGCACGAAACUGGACAAAGGAAUCUACUCUGCUGUAGCGGGGAUUAUUUCCUGCAGUGCCUGGCUGGUGGUAGAAGAUCAGCGCAACCCGACAGGUGAUGCUAAGAAAACUAUCCGCAAAACUGCAAAGGCUGCAGGAGUUCAGGCUGACCUGGAAAAAAUGGCCAAAGAGCAGCAAAUAAAAAUCCAAGGAGAAAUGGAGAAGAUUUUAAAAGCUGUCAAAGAAAAAGCAGAAGCAGAAAAACUGAAAGGAGAAAUACUAACUAGUGGAGACGACUGCGGUGGAAGUGAUAAGACAAGUAAAACGCAGAGGAAAAACACAACAAAUGGCACUGUGACAACAUUUGAGGAUUCUGCGGGUAUGAUAGAAGAAGGUGACCUAAAGGAGAAAAAACAAACCAAAGGUCGAGUUGGUUGUAACAUAAUAUUAGAGAGGAAAAACAUGAAAGAUGGCACUUUAACAACGUUUGAGGAUUGUGAAGUGACAAGAGAAGGAGAGCAAAUGAGAGCUGGGGACCGAAAGAUGGAGAAACAAAGCAUAGGUCCUACUGAAGGAGAGCCCUUUGAGGACAGUCAGGAUCCUGGACAUGGGAGUAAUGUUUCAAACAUACGGCAAGAUCAAGAAGCCGAGCAUGAUGUAACCGAGUUCAUAGAUCAAUGUGAUGAUGUUGUCCAACAGCUGAAUCAGCUCAGAGGAAAUAAAGAUUGCAAUAAGUCAGCAAGAAACAAACGGAAAACAAAUAAUGCAGACUGGAAAGAACAGGCAUCAGAUUCAAAUGGACAAGUAAGCGAUGAUGAACUAAACACUGAGGAGACCAAGGACUCCACUGACCAAGGAAAGUACCAGCAAAGUUUAAAGCAAAGCAAAAAGUCUAAACACGUAGCCAACGGCAAGUGUGUGUUUCCUGGAGAGCAUGGUGAGGGUGACGAGACUGAAAAUGUGAACCACUCUGCCAACCAUACCAGGCGUAAAAGACAAGGCCUUCUGGUUACAGAUCCAAUUAUUGAUCCAGGUGUUCACUUUAUCUGGGGUUUGUCAGAUGUCGAUGCAAUCCUCCAUGAGAGCGCUGAGUUAAUGUGUAAGCUCAGCAGGGAAAACUGUGAGGGAGUCUGGUUCAGAGAUGGAAAACAGAUUUACCCAGAUGAUAAUGUCUCCAUCAGUAUGGAUGGACCCAUCCAUAAAUUGGUGAUAAUGAAAUGCAGUGAGGACAACUCUGGAAAGUACCGCUUUGAAGCAGAUGGUCGUAAGACAGAGGCAAUGCUGAGCAUCCGAGAUCCUCCAAGGUUUGACCCAGAAGACCUCAGUGCAUUCACCAGGCCUUUGACAAUUAAAGUGGGACACAACGCCAUCUAUAAACUCCAGUUCAGUGGCCACAAACCUAUAAAAGUUCAGUGGUACAAAGAUGGUGAUGAGCUGAAAGAUGACAACAGUACAAUAAUAGAAAGAUCUGCGAGUCACACCCGCUUACUCCUGAGCAGAUGCCAGAGAAGAGACACUGGAGAGAUCAAGAUAAAGAUAAAAAAUGACCAUGGCUUCACUGAGGCAGUGUCACAGCUUAUUGUGCUUGACAAGCCAUCUCCACCCCUGGGACCUGCAGAGGUUACUGAGAGUUCAGCCUUAUGCAUUGAAUUCAAGUGGCGUCCCCCAAAGGAUGAUGGCGGCUCACCAGUGACUAACUACAUAUUGGAGCGUCAGCAAGUGGGACGAAACACCUGGAAGAAAAUGGGUGAAAUACCGGGUGUGCCCAUCUACCGGGACACAGAUGUGGACCGUGGGAGAAAGUACUAUUACCGCAUCUGGGCAGUAACUUCAGAGGGAAUGAGCGAAGUGAUGGAGACGGAUGAAAUGCAGGCUGGAAAAUUUGCUUUUCCAGGCCCUCCAGCACCUCCCAAGGUAGUCAGUGCAUUCAAUGACUGCAUCAACAUUUCAUGGUCUUCCCCAUCUAGCACUGGAGGGUCACGUCUCCUGGGAUAUAUUUUAGAGAAGCGCAAGCAGGGAAGUAAUCUUUGGACUUGCGUCAAUGCACCAGAUGAAAUAAUAAAAGAGAAAAGGUAUGCCGUGAGGGAUGUUGUGGAAGGUCUGGAAUAUGAGUUCAGAGUUUGUGCCAUAAACCUCUCAGGAGCUGGUGAAUUUAGCAACGCAUCAGAGUUUGUUUUCGCAAGGGAUCCUAAAAAGCCUCCAGGUAAAGUAACGGGCCUGAAGGUGACAGAAACAUCAUACACCAACAUGGUUGUGACUUGGACAAAACCUGAAGACAAACCAGGCAUACAGGACGAAGCUAAAGGAUAUUUUGUGGAGAUCCGCUGGGCAGAUUGCACAGAGUGGUGCCGCUGUAACAGCAGCCCCAUUAUCAUGACUUCCUUUAAUGUGAAAGGCCUUAAGUCUAUGGAUAUGUAUUGGGUGAGAGUCAUUGCUGUAAAUGAUGGGGGAGAAGGCACACCUGAGGAGUUGCCAAACUAUAUCCUUGCAAUGCCUUUGCCUGUGAGACCAAGGUUCACAAACAACAAGAUGAAGAGUUUUAUGGUUGUGAGGGCAGGGAACUCUGUCAGGAUAACUGUUAACUUUGAGGCUUCCCCGUGGCCAGAAAUUACAUGGUUAAAAGACAACGUGCCAGUGAUGAAGCGUGUUACAAUCAGUAACUCUGACGGCUCAUCUCAGCUGCUGAUUCCCACUUCUGAGCGUUUAGAUUCAGGCAUCUACUCUGUCUUGGUGAAAAACAUUGUUGGACAGGAAACUUUCAGUACGGAGGUUAGGGUAACAGAUGAUCCAAAGCCUCCUGGACCAGUGGAACUGGAAGAAAGUGUUCCUGGGACUGUGACUGUGAUCUGGCAACCUUCUCCUGAUGAAAAGCGUGAUGAUCGCCUCCACUAUACAGUGUCUAAACUGGAAUCCACCAAGCACACAUGGACCACAGUGGCUGAUAGGCUCUUCAAUAACAGGUUCACAGUUUGCAACAUUAUGCAAGGGAGGGAGUACCAUUUCCGAGUGUACGCCAAAAAUGACAUGGGUAUAUCGGCACCCUCAGAAUCCCCGACCUGGGGGAUGGAAAAGAAGAAAGAAAAAAUGGUGAUAACCGAACCAACCAAAAGGGACUGUGAUCUGCGAUGUGCUCCAACUUUCAUUGUACCUUUGAAGCCUCAAACUGCAACAGUUGGCUAUGAGUGUUAUAUGAGUUGUGCAGUGAAGGGAGACCCUGCAGCUCGAAUCACGUGGUAUCGAAAUCAUGUCAGCAUAAACACAGAUACCAACUACUACGUCUCCAACACAUGUGGUGUCUGCUCCUUGCUGAUACUUCAUGUAGGUCCCAAAGACGUAGGAGAGUAUAAAGUUGUUGCUGAAAACAGCUUAGGACGAGCUGAAUGCUCCACAGUGCUCAGUGUCAGAGAGUGAAGAAGUUGAAGACACUGAUAUUCAAAGGUCAUCUGUCCAUCAUGAAGAAGAUGAG